UGGCGUCGUGUUCACCUGCGCCACAGGUGCGCGGUGGACAGAUCGGAGUGAGAUGGGGAAUUCAGACUCCAAACUGCACUUCAGAAAAGCGGUGAUUCAACUUACCACCAAAACACAGCCCGUAGAGGCCUCUGAUGAUGUGUUCUGGGACCAGUUCUGGACUGACGUCGACUUGACGGCGCAGGAUAUUUUUGCUCUAGUUCCUGCCGCUGAGAUCCGUGCUGUGAGAGAGGAAUCUCCGUCCAAUCUGGCAACCCUCUGUUUCAAGGCAGUGGAAAGGCUCGUGUUGAACGCAGACUCGGGCUGUGUGUGUGAGAGAGACAGACAGACCGUACUGAGCUGCACUCGUCUGUUGACUCGGAUUCUGCCGUACAUCUUUGAGGAUCCGGACUGGCGUGGUUUCUUCUGGUCCACCGUGCCAAAAGUGGGCAAGUCUGUUGAUGAAGGCGAUGACGAGUCCACCCGGCCGCUGGCGGAGUCUCUCCUCACAGCUGUAUCUGACCUGCUCUUCUGUCCAGACUUCACUGUCGAGAGCCACUGCAGGACCACUGCGGAUGGUGCUGCUGAUAUCCAGUCUAUAGACAGCUGUGAGUUGAUCUGGGAAGCUGGCGUUGGCUUUGCUCAGGCUCCGCCUCUCAAUCACACCUAUGAUUCCAACAGGGCAGAGUUAUUGAAGCUUUUAUUGACAUGUUUCUCAGAAGAAAUGUAUCAGUCUCCAUCUGACACGCACGCGCUCAACCCAUGGGUCUCGUUCUUUUGCUCUAGAGAAAACCGACAUGCGCUGCCGCUCUUCACCUCUCUUCUUAACGUGGUGUGUGCGUAUGACCCUGUCGGGUACGGUGUCCCGUACAAUCACCUGAUGUUCUCUGACCAGCGGGGGGCGCUAGCGGAGCUGGCCCUGCAGACUCUGAUCGUCUCACUGGAGCAAGAGCUUGUCGAUGGCACUAUCACAAACGCCAGCCUGAACCCGAGCUCGAACACUGACACCGGCUCUGCCGAUUACAACAAGAACACAACGACUGAAGGAUGCAAGGCAACAAGAGGAGAAAACCUGUUUGUAAACUACCUGUCUCGAAUUCAUAGAGAAGAGGAUUUUCAUUUAAUCUUGCGAGGAGUCGGCCGGCUGCUCAACAACCCCCUGAUGCAGACGUACCUGCCCCAUUCCUGCAAGAAGAUCCAGUUUGAUCAAGAGCUGCUGGUGCUUUUCUGGAAACUCUGUGACCUCAACAAGAAGUUCCUGUUCUACGUGUUGAAGAGCAGUGAUGUGCUGGAUAUUCUGGUGCCAAUUCUGUUCUAUCUGAAUGACGCUCGUGCCAAUCAGUCACGUGUCGGUCUGGUGCAUAUCGGCGUGUUCAUCUUGUUGCUGUUAAGCGGAGAGAGGAAUUUCGGGGUGCGUCUGAAUAAGCCGUACUGUGUGCGUGUGCCAAUGGAUAUUUCAGUGUUCGCUGGGACUCACGCCGACCUGCUGAUAGUGGUUUUCCAUAAGAUCAUCACCAGUGGCCAUCAGCGAUUGCAGCCCCUGUAUGAUUGUCUUCUCACUGUUAUAGUCAAUGUGUCUCCUUACCUGAAAAGUCUGUCUAUGGUAGCGGCCAACAAACUACUACACCUGCUGGAGGUUUUCUCCAACACCUGGUUCCUGUUCUUCUCACCUGCUAACCACCACCUGGUUUUCUUCUUGCUAGAAGUUUUUAACAACGUCAUUCAGUACCAGUUCGAUGGUAACUUUAACCUGGUGUACGGCAUCAUCCGCAAGCGCAACCUCUUCCACCAGCUGGCGAACCUGCCCACCGACGCCAGCUCAAUCCAGAAAGCUCUGCAGAGGAAGAGCAGGAGCAACAGCACCCAUAAUGCCGUCUUCAUGGAGACCAACAGCCCCUACAGCGCCACCUGCAGUGAGAAGCCAUAUAAAACCACACCGGUUCAAACGGGCACUCUGAACGCAAGCUUGAAGGCCAUACCACGCAUCGACAAACUAACAGAAGCGUCGCAGGUUUCUGAGGACGGAUCUACGCUGUUAAUGCAGAACAGUGACUCGCCUCUCAGCCAAUCAGAGCGCAGCUCUGAGACACGAGUCCCAGACGCUGAAGCGACUUCAGGUGAAGAUGACAAGAAUUCGUUAAGUGAGGAUGGUGAUCUGAAGAGUCAGAAAAGCGUGUCGUCGUCAUCAGACUGGACUCCUGCUCCGGACUGGGUCCUCUCCUGGAAGAGUAAACUUCCUCUGCAGACUAUAAUGAGACUCCUGCAGGUGCUGGUGCCUCAGGUGGAGAAAAUCUGCAUAGACAGAGGUUUGACGGAUGAGUCUGAGAUCCUGCAGUUCCUUCAGCACGGCACUCUGGUGGGUUUGCUGCCGGUUCCUCAUCCCAUCCUCAUCCGCAAGUACCAGGCCAACGAGGGCACGGCUCUGUGGUUCCGCACCUACAUGUGGGGCAUCAUCUACUUACGUAACGUGGAUCCUCCUGUUUGGUACGACACUGAUGUCAAGCUGUUUGAGAUCCAGAGAAUUUAACGACAUCAAGAGAAUCGACUCAACUGAAC